ACUUGAGAGAGAGAGAGAGAGAGAUGGGGAUGAACAUGCAUUUAGUGGUGGGUAUGAUGGUGUUGGUAGUUGCGACGAGAAUGUGGAACAAGGGGGGAGUAGUGGUGGUGUCGGGGCAGUGCCAAGGAGACCUGCCUGGACUGAUGGCACAAUGCCCCAAGUACGUAGGCAGGACAGGGCCUCAGGUUGAGCCAUCUAAGGAGUGCUGUGAUGUAGUGAAGACAGCGGAUGUAGCAUGCGUGUGCAAGUACAUUACUAAGGAAAUUGAACAGAUCAUUAGCAUGGAGAAAGUUGUCUUUGUUGCUCAGUCCUGCGGCAAACCACUUGCCCACGGCUCCAAAUGUGGAAGUUACACAGUUCCAUGAAGUUAAUAGAAGAGACCUUAUUAUUAUAUGUAAUGCAAAGUCCUUGUAUUUCAUGAGCUCUUCUGUACUUAUAACCGCUUAAAAGUGUGACUUCGUUCACAUGUAUUGGAAUAAACUUCUCUUUUUUCAGAA